CCGAAAUGACUGGUCGCGGCAAAGGAGGAAAAGGACUCGGCAAGGGAGGCGCCAAACGUCAUCGCAAAGUUUUGCGUGACAACAUCCAGGGAAUCACCAAGCCGGCCAAACGUCAUCGCAAAGUUUUGCGUGACAACAUCCAGGGAAUCACCAAGCCGGCCAUCCGUCGUCUUGCCCGCCGUGGUGGUGUCAAGCGAAUCUCCGGUCUCAUCUACGAGGAGACCCGUGGUGUAUUGAAGGUGUUCCUUGAGAACGUGAUUCGUGACGCCGUCACCUACACUGAACACGCUAAGAGGAAGACGGUGACGGCCAUGGACGUCGUCUACGCACUGAAACGCCAGGGCCGCACUCUGUACGGUUUCGGCGGUUAAAUCUUUUCU